AUACCAUUUCACAAAUUUCAAAAAUCUCCCGUUUCAAUUGCCUUUCGCCCACCAUUUUUUCCCUCUUUUUGGUUUCUACGAAUUCACUCAAUCCUCAAGCUCAACUCUGCAGAUUUUCAGCAAAUUCGGAAACCCUAACCCUCUCCUUUUAUGGAAUCUCUUCAUCUGUAUCCUCGCCGCCCUUCUCCCGGACUCACCCGCUCAUGAGCAUACACAGAGAGGCCUAAUUUGAUACGAGCAAUGUCGGACGAAUUGAUCUUGCAUUUAUCCAAUUCCUCGAACCAAUCGGGUCAGUCCUCUAAGAUCGCGAAGCUUGAAGCGAGAUUGGUGGGCAAGGCUUCGUCUGCAGCUGCCUCACAGCCGCAACAAGUCCAGACGCAGCUGAAUUCGUGGACUGUGUCUGCCAAGUUUGGAGGUGCUGCGGAUGGUUUGGGGGAGUCUUUAGUUGAUAGCGAUGAUUCGGACGAUGAUAGCGGAGGAGCCUAUCUCAUACAAGCAAAUACUCAAAAGCGGCGGAAGGUUGAUGAAGUAUGUAGCCCUAUUUCUGUUGAACAAGCUGAGGACAGUAAUUUUUCUGGAAGUACCCAACCGGCAGCAGCUGAUGCUCGGGACAAGAACACAGAGCCAGUUGACAACAACAAGCUAGGUGGUGAUGUAAGUAAAAGAAAACAAAGCCGUGGUCGGGCUAAUACUUCUUCUGGUAGGGGGCGGGGUUCUCGUGUUAGUGAUCAGGCAAGAAAUCAGAGUAUUUCUCCGGCAAAUGGACAGGUCGAGAACUCCCCUUGUAAGGAUGGUCUCGUUAAAGAACAGCUCGGGCAUGACUCCUCAAGAGAGGAUGAAGGAACUUCACUACGCGCAAAGGUUUCAGCAAUGGAGGAAGAACUGAAAAAAUCACGUGAAGAGGUUUCUGAUUCCCGGAAUAAAUGUGAACGACUUGAAAAGGAGCUUAAGGAUAUCAGAGAUUAUGAACAACAGAUGAAACCAAAGAGAAUGAAAGUAAUGUCUGAUUUAUUGGUGUCUGUAUCAAAAGCUGAAAGACAAGAGGCAAGGAUGAGAGUACGCCAGGAUUCCCUCCGACUUGGCAACAUUGGAGUGGUCAGAGCUGGGACGAUCAUAUCUGAAGCGUGGGAGGAUGGACAAGCCAUGAAAGAUAUCAAUGCCCAACUUAGGAGUUUGUUGGAAAUGAAGGAGGGAAUUGAAAGACAGAGAAAAUCUCUGAAGAAACGACCAUCCGACAAGGGUGAGGUAGCUGAUGCAGAUGGCGGGAAUCAGGAAGAAGAUGUUCUCAUGCAGGAUGAAAUUUUUAAGUCUCGCCUAGCCAGCAUCAAACGGGAGGAGGAAGCUGUAUUGCGUGAAAGAGACCGCCAUGAAUUGGAGAAGGGAAGAUUAAUACGUGAAAUGAAACGUAUAAGGGAUGAGGAUGGCUCUCGUUUCAACAAUUUUCAGAUAUUGAAUCACCGCUAUGCUCUGUUAAACCUUUUGGGCAAAGGAGGAUUUAGUGAAGUUUAUAAGGCUUUUGACUUGGUGGAACAUAGAUAUGUUGCCUGUAAGCUACAUGGUUUGAAUGCUCAGUGGAGUGAAGAGAAGAAGCAAAGCUAUAUACGGCAUGCAAUCAGGGAAUAUAAUAUUCACAAAACUUUGGUCCACCGUCACAUAGUUCGGCUUUGGGACAUCUUUGAGAUUGAUCACAACACAUUCUGCACUGUCUUGGAGUAUUGCAGUGGCAAGGAUCUCGAUGCUGUUCUUAAAGCAACACCUAUACUCCCAGAAAGAGAAGCUAGAAUUAUUGUAGUCCAGAUCUUUCAGGGCCUUGUUUACCUGAAUAAAAGAUCACAGAAGAUUAUUCAUUACGAUUUGAAACCUGGAAACGUUCUAUUUGAUGAAUUUGGCGUUGCCAAAGUCACAGAUUUCGGUCUUAGCAAGAUUGUGGAGGACAAUGUUGGAUCCCAAGGCAUGGAACUUACAUCCCAGGGCGCUGGUACGUAUUGGUAUCUGCCUCCUGAAUGUUUUGAGCUAAACAGGAUACCUCUCAUAUCCUCGAAGGUUGAUGUUUGGUCUCUGGGCGUCUUAUUGUACCAAAUGCUGUUUGGCAGACGGCCUUUUGGGCACGACCAAAGUCAAGAGAGAAUUCUUCGUGAAGAUACAAUUAUCAAAGCCCGUAAAGUUGAGUUCCCUUCAAGACCAUCUGUAUCUAAUGAGGCAAAGGAUUUUGUUCGCCGUUGCCUAACAUACAAUCAAGCUGAGCGACCUGAUGUUUUAGCUAUUGCUCAAGAUCCAUACGUGAUCUAUACGAAGAAAUGACGAUUGCUCGGUUCAGAGCUACGCUGCAGAUGAAAGGAUGUGUCUGUGGGAAGAAGUCAUUUACUUUUUGAGGAGAUGAAAACUUGGAAACUUUGUACAUUGGGAAAAAUGCUGUGUUAGCUUCCAUUUUUUUGUUUUUUUUUUUCAUUUUUUUUUGUGCUUAUGUGGGGUUGUACCCUUCUGCUUUGUUCCUUCGACUUUCAUGGAGAUCAUUUCUUACCUUAAUUAUAUGUGAUGGAACCAAAAGUUAUUUGCAUGAAUGAAAAUUAUGAUAGAAAAGAAAUAUAAGAUUAAAGAUGUAUUAUUGACA